AUGGCGACUUCAAGUGAUACCUCGGACCAAAAUGUUAAAUCUAGACGGCCUGCAGAAUCUGCGUUCAAACAACAGCGGCUACCUGCAUGGCAACCUAUACUAACCGCAGGAACAGUUCUUCCAACCUUUUUUGUAAUUGGUAUUGCAUUUAUACCUGUGGGAAUAGGCUUACUGUAUUUCUCAGAUGAGGUAAAGGAACAUGUAAUAGAUUAUACAUACUGUAUGAAAGAAGAUGAAAACAUCACAUGUGCAGAUUAUAUAAAAAUAAACAAUUUAAGUGCUUGCACUUGUAAAAUUCCAUUUAAUCUCACUGAAGACUUCAAGGGGGAUGUAUAUUUUUACUAUGGGCUCAGUAAUUACUACCAAAAUCACCGUAGAUAUGUUAAAUCAAGAGAUGAUAACCAGCUGCUUGGGCGCUUGUCACAGCCACCUUCAGGUGAUUGUGCACCAUUCGCUUAUGCUGAUGUGGAAGGGAAAACUGAGAAGGUACCCAUUGCACCAUGCGGUGCUAUUGCAAAUUCCCUUUUUAAUGAUACCCUGACGGUUGAAUCUCAAGAUUUAAACAAAGAUGUGCCAGUACUGAGGACCGGAAUUGCUUGGACUUCUGACAAAGAUAUUAAAUUUAGAAACCCUCCUGGAGAUCUGAAGACUGCCUUCGAAAACUACACCAAGCCGAUUAACUGGCGUAUUCCUGUAUGGAUGUUAGAUCCAAACAAUACAGAGAAUAAUGGAUUCCAGAACGAAGAUCUGAUAGUUUGGAUGCGUACUGCGGCAUUGCCAACAUUCCGGAAGCUGUACCGGCGAGUUGAUCACUCUAAGGAGGGCUUCGGACCCGGGCUCGUCAAAGGACCUUAUGUACUAAGAGUUGAUUACAACUAUCCGGUGAAAGACUUCGACGGCACUAAAUCGUUCAUAAUCUCUACGACUUCGCUGCUUGGCGGCAAGAACCCGUUCCUGGGCGUCGCGUACGUGGUGGUGGGCGCGCUGUGCCUGCUGCUCGGCAUCGUGCUGCUCGUCAUACACGUGCGCUGCUCCAAGAGCACAACGGAGAUGAUCAACGUGAACCCCCGCACCCCGUACUCU